CUCCCCGCAUCCUCUCCCCCCAUAACGUUGUCUCCGCGCCCUGGUCCCCUCCCCGCGGGGACCGCAGCGCGGGGCGAGCUGGAGCCGGGGGCGCACCCUAGGGCGGGGAGCCCAGCCGGGGAGCCCGCUCCUGCCCCCGCCCCCGCGCUGCACUUGGCCCCGUCUCCAGACCCGAUGGAGGAGGAGGAAGACGAGAUGGAGGAGCAGGAGGGGAGCUCUCAGUCUGAGGGACCCAGACUGGUGAUCUCCAUGGAUGGGGAUUCAUCACAGUCCCCUUCUCCGCCAAAGUGGAACUCUCCCGCUCCUCUGGACGGGCAGCCCGAGCUGCAGCAGGAGGAAGAGGAACCAGAGGAUGAGGAGGACGACCAGGAGUUCCAGGUGCAGACGUUGAGGAUCCCAGCAGAUGGGGAUUCACUGGACUCUGCCACUUUCCCAGAGGAGCUGUCGGAGGAGGAGGAGGGAGAUGAGGAGGAAGAGGAGCUGGUAAUCAGAAGGGUGAAGGCAGAGGAGGAAGAGGACCAAGAGUUUGAGCUGGAAUCGGUGGCACGCCAGCGCUCGCUGCCUGCGGAGGAGCCAGUGGUGGAUUCGGAAGUGCGGGUGGAGCCCAAACUCGAGGGGCAGAAGCUGAGGAUCCCGGUGGAGGGGAAUUCGCCCGUCCUGCAACUGAUGGCGUCCCCGGGAGGUGGGGGCAGGGCAAGGGCACCGAUGCCGGAGCGCACCAACACUUGCAUGGAGUGCGGCAAGAGCUUCAGCCGUCGCUCCAAUCUGGUAAAGCACCAGAUCAUCCACACCGGCGAGAAGCCCUUCUCGUGUGGGGAGUGCGGACGCAGCUUCACCCAGAGCUCGGCCCUUACCAAGCACCAGCGCACCCACACCGGGGAGCGCCCCUAUGUCUGCGGGGAGUGCGGCAAGGCCUUCACCGCCAGCUCCAACCUGCUGCAGCACCAGCGUUUCCACACCGGGGAGCGCCCCUAUGUCUGCGGCGAGUGCGGCAAGGCUUUCAGCCAGAGCUCCAAUUACAAUCUGCACCGGCGCACGCACACCGGCGUCACCCCCUACCAGUGCGGCGUCUGCGGCAAGCGCUUCACAGGCAGCUCCUGCCUGGCUCGCCACCGGCGCACCCACACCGGCGAAAAGCCCUACCAGUGCUCCGAGUGCGGCAAGCGCUUUUCCGGCAGCUCCACCCUGGUCAACCACCGGCGCACCCACACCGGCGAAAAGCCCUACGGCUGUGCGGAGUGUGGCAAGGCCUUCACCCACCAUUCCAACCUGGUGGACCACUGGCGCGUCCACACCGGCGAGAAGCCCUACAUCUGUGCUGAGUGCGGCAAGAGCUUCCGGCUCAGCUCCCACAUCAUCCGACACCGGCGCACCCACGCCAAUGCCAGCGCUGCCAGUGCCAACGGGGCUGACCGCCUGUACAUCUGCAGCCAGUGUGGCAAGGGCUUCCAGGUCGGACCCAGCCACCUGCAGCAGCAAGCCCACCAGGAAGAGGGACCCUAUAGCUGUACUGAGUGCGGCAAUAGCUGCUGGACGUAGAGGGACGGAGCCUGUUGCAGGGGCAGGGCUCGGCACGUUCCCCCCCUCCCCCCACUCCAGGCACUUUGUACACCCACAGGUUGUGGGAUCCGUUCCUGUGCGGGGAGGGCGGGAAUUGGAUCCUGCCGGGGGUGGGGCUUGGAGCACAGCUUGUGGUCCUGCCCCUUGCUCCAGGAACAUGUGCCGGGAGUGUGCCAUCAGCUGCUGGAGGGGGUGGGACUUGGUGCUCAGCCAGCUGCCACGCCCCCAGUUCCAGGGUCCUCCUGUGGGAUCAGCUCCCACAGGGGCGGGGCCGGGUUUCCACAUGGGGGUGGAGCUCUGCCAGCAGCAGCAGAAGGACCUGCAGUGGUGGCUGGAUGCAGAGAGGGGGCAGGGUCUUGCCCAGGAGGAGGACGGUGGAGCCCAGCCCCUCUCCCGCAUGGCAGGGAGCCCCCUGCCUCCCAAGCUCCCUCGUUUCUCUGGAAUUGCUCCUGCUAGGGUGAGGCAGUAGAGCCAUGGAGGGAAUUGUGGGGGGUGAGCAGCUGAGUCAUAAGGUGGGGUCCCCCGUUGUCCAUCUUCCCAUCUGUACUGGAAGGAGCAGACUUGGAGGGUGGGGAGCUGAAUUAUGGGGGUGAGGCGUGAGUUGGGGCUAGUGGAGGGGGGAAAUAAGGGUGCCACAAAGUGGGGGGGGAGGGAGAGAAAAGAUCCCUCUCCCUUCUGAGCCCAGGCCACACUCCGGUGGGGCUAUGCCACUGUGACUGAGAAUCAGUGGAAGGGGCUGACUAGGAGGCAGGGACCUCAGAUCUGCUGGCGAGCAGGUGCCGGGGGCUUCAACCCUGUUUCCCUGCCCUCGUGCUGUGGGCUGAGCGCAGAGGGGGUGAUAUUUUAGGGGAAUCAAUAGACUGGGGCGCAGUUCGGAUCUCCAGGGGGUGACCCACCUGGGAUCUGAUUCCCCUGCACUGGGGGUCACAAGGGAGCCUAGAAAUUGAUGCCUGGUGGAUUUCUCUGAGGAUGAUUUCCCCCAAGGCUGGGUCUGUGGCUGGAGAGCAGAGGGGGGAAUGGAGGGAUGAUGAUGCCCCUGGGGCAGUGUGGGGAUGAAGCUGCCCCCUGGCGUGGAGUCAUGGCGCUGUGCGGAGAACAGCCUGUACUUCUCUUUUGUUUGAGUGGGCAAAAAAAAUCCUAGCCAGA